GUCGUUAUGUAGUACUGUAAUCAACAACAAACUGCGACGUMAUUUUCCAAAGACAAGACAUCAUCAUCUUCCGACCCACAAUUACAGUAAGAUAUCCACAACGACAACCGAAAGACAAACGAAGAAUCAUGUCUCUCUUUCGCCGGAAAAAUAGCCAGAAAGGCAAAAUCGAGAAGGAGGAUAUCCUGCAACACCAAGUAGAAGAUCUUCAGGCAGAAGUGAAACGACUCAGCAACCGACUUGUAGCGAUGCAAUCACGGGUCAAAAGCAAGGCUACGGUGUCUCAUCGCACAGCCAAAUCCUCUACUCCAUCAUCCUCGCYACGACCAAGCGCGAUCASUCCGAGCAGACUCGCUCUCGAUCGAAAAGACCAGACACCAAACAACAAGUCAUUUGGGAAGAAUAAAKCAAUGGAACGUGYUUUCGUUCCAAAAGAAAUCGAUUUUGUGUCAAGCGAAUUUCUYCAGAACCAGAAGGAACCUUCUCGACCAGAACCAAGUGUUUCGAAUAUUUUCCCUCUCACCGAUGAACCGCAACUCCCAAUCUCGGAGAYGAUCGCRGCGAAGCAYAAAGGAAAUGGGUGCGUUGCAAAUGCCAAAAUAAAAGGGAAAGACCUAACGGAAUGCUCCAGUUCUAUUCAUAAGAAGGUUGUCGUCGAUCCUCACAAGAACAAAAUCCAACCGUCUACGAAGCUUACCAUAGAUGGAAGAAUCAGCACUAAAGGUCAGACACCGAUGUACACAUUCAAGGACGGACGAAAGGUCAAACGCAUCAUUCGAAAGGUCAGGGUUGUUCGACAGGCACCGUCUCCAAUACAAACCACACCUUCCUCCGUCACAAUUACUACGUGCAACAAGACAAUCAGUGCAACGAAUCCAAAACAACUUUCUUUGUCCUCCGAUGAGAAAGCUUCGGCCCAUUCCCGCAUCCGCAUAUCGAAUGAAACAAAUCUCAAGAAUAGAAACAUAUCACCUCCCAAGAAGGAAGAGAAUAAAACAAACAAUGGUGCAGACGACGAAGUGGAGCCAACUGACACAUUUACGUCGCCUGCCCAUGAAUCUACUGGUUUCAAAUUUCAAUCAGAACCGAAGUAUGGGUACAUAGCGAAACAGAAUGAAAAACAUACUGCGAAAACUUCUAAUUCGAUACCACAAGUGCAAGGUGCGAAAAAUAAUGGUGCUAAACAUUUGGUGACAAAAGGUUCAMAUUUCAAAAAGGAUCUUCUCUCAGAUAUUAGAUCGGGCUUGAAACUCAAURAAGUGGAGCGGKCAUCAGAAAAGUUGUCAAGUYCAUCAGAAAAUAUUCUAGCAUCGAUGCAAUCGGGGAUGAAACGUUGUCAUGCAACUGAGAAAGUCACUCCUGAUAAGACACCAGGCUUCGUUUCAAACACUGGAGGAGAUGUGCAAACAUGCAAAAGUGUGCACUCCAUUCAAGCAACUAUAAAUCCUGCAAGGGGACUUCUAGCUGAUAUWCGAGCAGGGAAAGACCUAAAGAAAGUUGAAAAGGAUACAGAAUCGACAGUGGCAUCAAAACAGGUUGAAUGUGAUGUGACAACACCUCUAAAUUUUUCAGGAGGCCUUUUAGCUGAUAUUAGGACCGGCGUGAAGUUGAGAAAGGCGGAAACAUCAGCACCGAAAGCUCAAAAUCAAUCUAAUUCCCUUUUGGACGACAUAAAAGCAGGUGUAAAGCUCAAACAAAUUGAUCGAUCGCUGUUCCAAGCCUCAAAGAAACGUGAAACUCCGAUGAGUGCGCUCUUGGCAAAAAUACAACAGAGAAAAGAAGAAUGUCUCCGCCAAGAGGCUGMACUCGYAUUGGCAACCGAAGAAAGUGAAAUCGAUUGGUAGCAUCUAAAGUACAAAUGUAGAAUAAAGACUWUUAACGUUG